UUCGGCGUCUCCACGCCGAGUUGCCUACUGUUUUCCGGCUGGAUUAGCAGGUGUACCGCAUACACAUCUCAGUACACUCCUUCUCUUUUUUGAGUAUAAUGAGCUCAGCAAUCAAAUCUCCUUUUUGUCGAAGACGCGAGAACAUGUGAGAGUUUGCCUGGCUGAUUUUUUCACUCGCUGAUAGUGCGUGCGUUUGCAUGUGAGCGCGAAGAAGUGAUUUUGUAGUGAUUGAGAGAAACGGAGCUUUUCCGAGCGUACUAAAAGGCUCCUGGUACGUGUAUCUUUUGAGAACAAGUUGACAAAGAUGUGGAUGGAAAACUUUCUGAUAGUAUCUGUUUUAAUCUCCCUGUCAACCUGGAAGCUCGCCUGUAAGGCUCACGAAGAAACGACCACCGAUAGCUCACCGGAGUGUAAAUCCGUGGCUGGCGUGAUGCCCGAUGGCAACCAGACGCGCGAGCUCGUCUGUUUACACGGACUGCCGUAUUCCUUUACUGAAGGCAUCAGUGGCAGCUUUGGCUUGGAGACGGUAAGCGGUUUAACGGUUCUCAAUUGGCGAGACGAGGAGUUUGACGCAGCGAGGGCUCUUGGAGGUCUGCCCGAGCUGCGCCGCUUAUCAAUCCUCAAUGGAAAUCUUCAAAGGAUAGUUACACCCUUUCCCGAGGACGCUCGACUUCUUGAGGUCGUGGAAAUCAGCGGCACGAGCUUACGUGCGAUGCCCGAGUUCACCUUUGCCGGACUGCCCGAGCUCCGGACGCUCGAUUUGCGCAACAAUGCCCUCGGCUACCUCGACCCCGACGACCUGAUUGCUGUGCCAAAGCUACGCGACGUCUAUUUGGCAGGAAAUCAAUGGACGUGCAACGAAAAUUCGGUAUGGCUGGUAAAUAGUUCGUACGGCUCGUUAGUGGAGCGCGUAGUUGACAGAGACGAGAUGCGCUGUUGGUCCCCGUUCAAAGGCAAGCCACUUCUCUUUGUUAUGGAAGUCAUGCAGCGUUUACAAGAUGAGUGUCAGCAGUUGGUGGUCUGCGAUUGCGAGCUCGUGUACGUCGUGAACAGCGCAACCCUCGGUGGUGGUAGUAACGGCAGCCCAAUGAGCCAACAGCAGCAGACACAGCAACAGACUUCUCCUCGUCAGCAUCAGCGGCAAUUCAUGGCUUUUGCUACUGUCAACUGCAGCCAUCGUGGUUUUACCGAUAUGCCGGCCUUUCUGCCAGCUAAUACCACAACCCUCCACCUCGAGGGUAACCAGAUCAGUGACUUGACGCCUCUCAAAAUAAAUCCGGUAUACAAAAGCGUGAUAGAUCUCUACUUGGACGAUAACGAGGUGGAGUGCGUGGGCUUACUGGACGGCACCUUCUGGCUCGAGCACUUUAGGCUCCUCAGUCUGCGCGGUAAUAAAAUGACCGACUUUGCGACGUACGCGUUGGAGAAUGUUUUGCCGCACAGCCAAACAGCGGCAAGCCUCUAUCUUGGGAAUAAUCCGUGGAGAUGUGACUGCCAGAUUACACCGGGAUUUCAGGAGUUCCUGAUCAAAUAUCCGUACCUCAUCAAGGACGUGAGCGAAGUCAAAUGUUCCCCGGAAAAUGGAGAUUACUUCAACAGACAGAUCCGAGAGCUUACAAGGACCGAAAUUUGUGCUCCACCCGCUGAGCUCGAGAUAUAUCCACUGGACAUUCUGAAUAUUAUUUUGGCAAUCAUUAUUAUAUGGAUCUUGGUUAAAUUUACCUAUGAUUACUACGUAUUUAAAAAUACUGGCAAACUUCCCAGAAUCGUUCAUUUGAUACCUUAAUAGAGACAUUUAUUUUGCUGUGACUUAGACACUAGUGCUGCUAGUCGGUAUUUUGUUAAAGAUAUUUUCAAGUAUUUUGUAUGACCACCUUUUGUGAUUUUUAAUGGCUAUUUAAUAAUGUACUUAUAAAAAGUGUGUUUUCGAUUGCAAUGCAAAAAAUAUUUAGUUUAUCCUUGACUUUUUGUAAGUAUUGCAUUUUGUGUAUAACAUUUGAUUGUAUAGAGAGAGAUGGCAAUCUAGACCUGGCGUAUAAUUUUUUAUGUUCAACGUUAUUUUGAUUGACGUAUUUUCAAGAAAGUAUAAGAAUAAAAAAAAAAAAAAUAAAUAAAUAAAUAAAAAAAAAGAAGUUUUUUGAGUACGUUACUAAAAAAGUCGAUAACUGCAAAAUUGAGAGCUUGCCAUCCUCAUACCUCGGCCUGCAAUAGAGUGGAUGUAUUAGUGAAUGUUACUAAGAAAAUUAAUUUUAACUUAAUGUACAUUUGUUAUAUGU